UGUCUCCUAUUAAAAAAAAAUCAAAUUACUCCAUCAGCAAGUUCACCAUUUUCUUAUUGUUGGAAGGGGGGAAAAUCACUAUUCCGGUGAACAGAGUUCUAUCUAAGGAAUUGUCAUUCCAGUCAGGAAAACCUUUGGUAUCCGGAUCACUUUUAGAUGAGAGCCAAGUAAGGUCCAUUGUGGAGAAGCAGGUCAUCACAGCCAGCUCAGUUAGAAAACAAGAAAUUAAGAGCGGAGAGGGUCAAAGCAGAGGACUUUGAUGCAGAAGAAGGGGAGCCGCUUGAUGAAGAAAAUGAGCUAGAAGAUGAGCUUUUUGAUCAUUUAAUGGAUUAUUGCUUUCUUAAAUAUAUAAAUUAAGGCUGGUGAUUGCUUGGGCACAUUGAUGAUCAAAACCUUCGAAGCCUCUUUCUUACCUUUCUUUCUUUGAUGAGCUCCCAUCUUACAUAACACCUAUGUCGGGUAUGGAUAAAAUAAAACAUCAGAAGAGAGGAGAAUCGCCAUUUGUAUAUUUGACGAGCAUUGUAAGGAAGCUGCUCUUAAAUAUUAUGGUACCUAUGUCCCUUUCCUGCUGGAAGCCUGCAAUUAAUGAUGAAAACCCAGAUGUUAGUCAGGCAGCUGUUUAUGGAAUUGGUAUCUGUGCGGGGCUUGGUGGAUCUGGAUCUAUGUUUAAACCACUUGCUGGAGGCACUUUCCAGGUUCAAUGCUGUAAUAAGUCAUCCCAAUGCACUUCAUUCGGACAAUACAAUGCCAUUUUGACAAUGCUGUUUCAGCUCUUGGAAAAAUAUGCGAGUUUCAUCGGGAUAGCAUAGAUGCAGCACGGGUCAUAUGUGCAGGCGAAGAGUUGGCAACAGAGCAAACUGUCAUUCGAAUGAUUAAUCUGUUGAGAAAAAUUCAGCAAAUGUUACCAUCUGCUACCAUAGCUUCAACUUUGUCAUCCUUGGAACCACAGCAGCAACUUGCUUUGCAAUCUAUCCUCUCUUCUUAGCUCAUUUGGAAUUGUUGGGAUUCAUUAUUAUUUCCUCCAAGUUGAUCUAUCAUCCUUUGUUCUUCUGCAGCGGUGGCCAUGUCAUGGUUCUCUCUGGGAAGCGGCUGUGUCCUGUCCAAGUUCCUACUGCAUCGGCGAGCAAUGUCAUUGUUUCAUGGGGAUGCUGUUGCCUGUGUUCAGCAAGCGAGUGUUGUGUGCUGAAUUUCCUUUCUUCAGAGUGGUUCUCUAUUUGUGGGUGAAAUGAAAAAUAGGAAAAGCUGAUAAUCUUGUUAAUUAUAGGACAAAGAAUAGAUAUCUACAUCUCGUUUGAGAAAUUAUUUUAGUUCAAAGUCAUCGACUAGUAUUAUAGUCACUAGAAAUCCUAACUAGUCAAUAAAAAUUUUAUGGUACAAGACUGGUUACUCAAAAGGAAAGAUAUUAUCAUCAUUUAAACGUCGUA